UGUCUGCCUUGUUCAGACCUCUCCAGCAAUGACAGAGCAAGUGAGCGGAGAGGGGUCAUCUGUUGACCGUGAGCUGGAUCCUCACAGUGACCUUCCAGGGGAAGUGCGUCAGGAUGAGAGUGUAGGCCCAGCAGCCCUGCAGAUGGACAUGAGAGAAAGGUCCUUGUCAUCGACACCAUCCUCCUCAAACAGCUCCGACAGCUUUUCCAGUUUGUCUGAACUUGGCUUUGAUACCACUGAAUGGCCAUUACCUAACUCAAGGCAAGGCAUGACAGGUCUGCAUCUGGUCAAGCUGGGCAGAGACCGCCAGCGCAUGGACCUGCAAAGAGACUUCACCGUGGCCUCUCCCGCCGAGUUUGUCACACGCUUUGGAGGCAACAAAGUCAUUGAAAAGGUGCUCAUUGCCAACAAUGGAAUUGCGGCCGUCAAGUGCAUGCGUUCGAUCCGUCGAUGGUCCUAUGAAAUGUUCCGGAAUGAGCGCGCCAUCCGAUUUGUUGUCAUGGUUACCCCGGAGGAUCUGAAGGCUAACGCUGAAUAUAUCAGGAUGGCUGACCACUAUGUACCUGUGCCUGGAGGGGCCAAUAAUAAUAAUUAUGCCAAUGUGGAGCUCAUUUUGGACAUAGCAAGGCGUAUACCAGUCCAGGCUGUGUGGGCUGGCUGGGGUCACGCUUCAGAGAAUCCAAAACUCCCGGAGCUGCUCAGCAAGAGUGACAUCGCCUUCAUGGGUCCUCCCAGUCAGGCCAUGUGGGCACUGGGAGAUAAGAUUGCUUCAUCCAUAGUGGCACAGACUGCUGGCAUCCCGACUCUCCCAUGGAGUGGAACAGGUUUGACCGUUGAGUGGUCGGAGAACGACCAGAAGAACAAGGUCAUCACUGUGCCGUCUGAUCUCUAUGAGCAGGCAUGUGUCCGGGACGUGGAAGAAGGCUUGGAGGCUGCGGAGCAAGUGGGCUACCCUGUUAUGAUCAAGGCCUCCGAAGGGGGUGGAGGCAAGGGUAUCCGCAAGGUCAACGGUGCCGAGGAGUUCCCCAACCUCUUCAGACAGGUCCAGUCCGAGGUCCCUGGUUCGCCCAUCUUUGUCAUGCAGUUGGCCAAACAGUCGCGCCAUCUGGAGGUGCAGCUUUUGGCAGAUCAGUAUGGCAACGCCAUCUCGCUCUUCGGCCGCGACUGCUCUGUGCAACGGCGGCACCAGAAGAUCAUAGAGGAGGCUCCGGCCACCAUCGCCACCUCAGAUGUGUUUGAACAAAUGGAGAAGUGUGCUGUGACAUUGGCCAAGAUGGUGGGCUACGUAAGUGCAGGCACAGUGGAGUACCUCUACGGCCAAGACGGCAGCUUUCACUUCCUGGAGCUCAACCCCCGACUGCAGGUGGAGCACCCCUGCACCGAGAUGGUCGCCGAUGUCAACUUGCCCGCUUGCCAGCUUCAGAUUGCCAUGGGCAUCCCCCUGAAUCGGAUCAAGGACAUCCGGAUGAUGUACGGGGCGCAGCCUUGGGGCGACUCGCCCGUCGACUUUGACGGCUUGUCCUCGCUGCCCUGUCCCCGCGGCCACGUCAUCGCCACGCGCAUCACCAGCGAGAACCCGGACGAGGGGUUCAAGCCCAGCUCAGGGACGGUCCAGGAGCUGAACUUCCGCAGCAGUAAGAAUGUGUGGGGCUACUUCAGUGUGGCGGCUACUGGGGGGCUGCACGAGUUUGCUGACUCGCAGUUCGGCCACUGCUUCUCUUGGGGAGAGAAUCGAGAAGAGGCCAUCUCGAACAUGGUGGUGGCUCUGAAGGAGCUGUCUAUCCGUGGAGACUUCCGAACUACUGUGGAAUACCUCAUCAAACUACUGGAGACUGAGAGCUUCCAGGGCAAUCGAAUAGACACGGGCUGGCUGGACAGGCUCAUCUCUGAGAAGAUGCAGGCUGAGCGUCCUGACACCAUGUUGGGCGUGGUGAGCGGGGCGCUCCACGUGGCUGACUCCAGCCUGAAGAACAGCGUCUCGGCCUUCCAUCACUCACUGGAGAGGGGUCAGGUGCUGCCGGCGCACACGCUGCUGAACACGGUGGCGGUGGAGCUGAUCUACGAGGGCUGGAAGUACGUGCUGACGGUGACGCGGCAGUCCUCCAGCUCCUACGUGGUGCUCAUGAACGGCUCCUGCUCCGAGGUGGACGUGCACCGCCUCAGCGACGGGGGCCUGCUGCUCUCCUACGACGGCUCCAGCUACACCACCUACAUGAAGGAGGAGGUGGACAGGUACCGCAUCACCAUCGACAACAAGACCUGUGUGUUCGAGAAGGAGAAUGACCCCACGCUGCUGCGCUCGCCCUCCGCUGGGAAACUCAUCAAGUACAUGGUGGAGGAUGGAGGCCACCUCAACACUGGACAGUGCUACGCUGAGAUAGAGGUGAUGAAGAUGGUCAUGUCUCUGAACACUACUGACCCCGGCAACAUCUACUACGUCAAGCGGACUGGCGCCGUGCUGGAGCCGGGCUGUAUCAUCGCCCGACUGCAACUGGACGACCCCAGCCGGGUGCAACGGGCGGAGCUGUUCACGGGGGGUCUCCCUCAGAUCCAGUCUGCAGCCCUGCAGGGGGAGAAGCUGCACCGGGUCUUCCACCACACGCUAGACCACCUCUCACACAUCAUGAACGGCUUCUGCCUGCCCGAGCCUUUCUUCAGCAUGAGGCUGCGUGAGUGGGUGGAGCGUCUGAUGCGGAUGCUGCGCGACCCCUCCCUCCCGCUGCUGGAGCUGCAGGACAUCAUGACCAGCGUGUCGGGCCGCGUGCCCCCCGCCGUGGAGAAGGCCAUACGCAGGGAGAUGGCCCAGUACGCCAGCAACAUCACCUCCGUCCUCUGCCAAUUCCCCAGCCAGCAGAUCGCCAAUAUUCUCGACAGCCACGCUGCCACUCUGAACAGGAAGUCCGAGCGCGAGGUCUUCUUCAUGAACACUCAGAGCAUCGUACAGCUGGUGCAGAAAUAUCGCAGUGGGAUCCGUGGGCACAUGAAAGCUGUGGUCAUGGACCUUCUAAGACAGUACCUGAGUGUGGAAGUCAAGUUUCAGAGUGGCCACUACGACAAGUGCGUGUUCACGCUGCGGGAGGAGAACAAGGGCGACCUGGCCAAGGUGCUCAACCUCAUCUUCUCCCACGCGCAGGUGGCCAACAAGAACCUGCUGGUCACCAUGCUCAUCGACCAGCUCUGUGGCAGAGACCCCAUACUGACAGAGGAGCUGGUGGCCAUCCUGACGGAACUCACACAACUCAGCAAGACCAUCAAUGCCAAAGUGGCUCUGCGCGCACGACAGGUGCUGAUUGCCUCGCACUUGCCCUCCUACGAGCUGCGGCACAACCAGGUGGAGUCCAUCUUCCUGUCGGCGAUCGACAUGUACGGACACCAGUUCUGCAUUGAGAACCUGCAGAAACUGAUUCUGUCGGAGACCUCCAUAUUCGAUGUGCUCCCCAAUUUCUUCUACCACAGCUAUCAAGUGGUGAGAAUGGCAGCCUUAGAGGUGUACGUCCGCAGGGCUUACAUCGCCUAUGAGCUCAACUGUAUCCAGCACAAGCAGGAGGAUGAUGGCACCUGCAUCGUGCAGUUCCAGCUAAUGCUGCCUAGCACACACCCCAACAGGUCGAGCUUCCCCUCCAGCUCCAACCAGUAUGGCGCGCUGCCCGCGGCCAGCAUGAGUGACCUGGUGCUGGAGUCCUUCAGGCCGCCCUGUCAGCGCCGCGGAGCCAUGGUGGCCUUCGGCUCCUUCCAGGACUUCAACAGGAACAUCGAGGAGGUGCUGAGGAGCGUGUGCAGCUCGCCGCCCUCCAGCCCCACGUUCAGCGACGGAGUGAAGCUGGGUCUGUACGAAGAGGACGAAGCGAAGCGGCCCGGACGAGCCAUCCUGAUCCUUAAUGUGGCCAUUAAGACGGAGGGCAACAUCGACGACGGCCGCCUGGCCACCAUGUUCCAUGAGUUCACCCAGUCCAAGAAAGCUCUGCUAGUGGAGCAUGGCAUCCGCAGACUGACGCUCCUGGUGGCACAGAAGCGAGAGUUCCCCAAGUUCUUCACCUUUCGUUCCAGAGAUGAGUUUGAAGAGGAUCGUAUCUACAGACACCUGGAGCCAGCCCUGGCCUUCCAGCUGGAGCUCAACCGCAUGCGCAACUUCGCCCUGACCGCCAUCCCCUGUGCCAACCACAAGAUGCACCUGUACCUGGGCGCCGCCCGCGUAGAGGCGGGCGCCGAGGUGACGGACUAUCGCUUCUUCGUGCGUGCCAUCAUCCGCCACUCGGACCUGGUCACUAAGGAGGCCUCGUUUGAGUACCUGCAGAAUGAGGGGGAGCGGCUGCUGCUGGAGGCCAUGGACGAGCUGGAGGUGGCCUUCAGCAACACCACCGUCCGCACGGACUGCAACCACAUCUUCCUCAACUUCGUCCCCACCGUCAUCAUGGACCCCUCCAAGAUCAGGGAGGCGGUGCGUCUGAUGGUGAUGCGCUACGGCAGCAGGCUCUGGCGUCUGCGUGUCCUGCAGGCCGAGCUGAAGAUCAACAUCCGCCUCACGCCCUCCGGCGACACCGUCCCCAUCCGCAUCUUCCUCACCAACGAGUCGGGCUACUACCUGGACAUCAGCCUCUACAAGGAGGUCACCGCCACCUGCACAGACCAGGAAGGCCACAAAGACCCCCAGGUCAUGUUCCAGGCGUACGGGGACAAGCAGGGCCCGCUGCACGGCAUGCUCAUCAACACGCCCUACGUCACCAAGGACCUGCUGCAGUCCAAGCGCUUCCAGGCCCAGACGCUGGGCACCACCUACGUCUACGACUUCCCCGAGAUGUUCAGACAGGCCCUGCUGAAGCUGUGGAGCUCCAUGAAGGCCCAGGCCAAUCUCCCAGAAUGCCCGGCUCCCUCCGAAGUGCUGACCUUCACAGAGCUGGUGCUGGACGCCCAGGGGCAGAUGCAGCAGCUCAACAGGCUGCCGGGAGGCAACGAGAUUGGCAUGGUGGCCUGGCUGAUGACCCUCCGCUCCCCCGAGUGCCCGCUGGGCCGCGAGGUGGUGGUCAUCUGCAACGACAUCACGCACCGCAUCGGCUCGUUCGGGCCCCAGGAGGACGUGCUGUUCCAGCAGGCCUCGGCCCUGGCGCGCCAGCGUGGCGUUCCGCGCCUCUACAUCUCCGCCAACAGCGGCGCCCGCAUCGGCCUGGCCGAGGAGAUCCGCCAGAUGUUCCAGGUGGCCUGGCAAGACCCCAAUGACCCCUACAAGGGCUUCAGGUACCUGUAUCUCACCCCCCAGGACUACAAGAAGGUGUCGGCGCUGAACUCGGUGCACUGUGAGCAUGUGGAGGACGAGGGCGAGUCAAGGUACAAGAUCACAGACAUCAUCGGCAAGGAGGACGGCCUGGGCGUGGAGAACCUGCGGGGUUCCGGAAUGAUCGCCGGCGAGUCCUCGCUGGCCUACGAGGAGGUCAUCACCAUGAACCUGGUGACGUGUCGGGCCAUAGGUAUCGGUGCGUACGUGGUGCGGCUGGGUCAGAGGACCAUCCAGGUGGAGAACUCCCACAUCAUCCUCACGGGGGCCGGCGCUCUCAACAAGGUGCUGGGAAGGGAAGUGUACACCUCCAACAACCAGCUGGGAGGAGUGCAGAUCAUGCAUAACAAUGGAGUGACCCACAGCACGGUGUGCGAUGACUUUGAGGGAGUCCACUCACUUCUGCAGUGGCUGUCCUACAUGCCCAAGUGCGCCUCCAGCCCCGUGCCAAUACUACAUGCCAAGGACCCCAUCGACCGUCCGGUGGAAUUUGUGCCUACGAAGGCACCCUACGACCCUCGCUGGAUGCUGGCAGGACGCCCUGGUCAAGGUGCGAGAGGCCAGUGGCAGAGUGGGUUCUUUGACCACGGCUCGUUCCAGGAGAUCAUGCAGCCCUGGGCACAGACCGUGGUGGUGGGGCGAGCAAGGCUCGGAGGCAUCCCCACGGGAGUGGUCGCCGUGGAAACCAGAUGUGUGGAGCUGUCGGUCCCUGCGGACCCUGCAAACCUGGACUCAGAGGCCAAGAUAAUCCAGCAGGCGGGCCAGGUGUGGUUCCCAGACUCGGCCUUCAAAACGGCGCAGGCCAUCAAGGACCUGAACCGCGAGGGCCUGCCGCUCAUGGUCUUCGCCAACUGGAGGGGCUUCUCUGGCGGCAUGAAAGACAUGUAUGACCAGGUGCUGAAGUUCGGGGCCUACAUAGUGGACGGUCUGAGGGAGUACCGGCAGCCGGUGCUGGUCUACAUCCCGCCGCAGGCCGAGCUGAGGGGCGGCUCCUGGGUGGUGAUCGACCCCACCAUCAACCCCCAGCACAUGGAGCUGUACGCCGACGUGGAGAGCCGUGGCGGGGUUCUGGAGCCCGAGGGCACGGUGGAGAUUAAGUUCCGUAAGAAGGACCUGGUGAAGACCAUGAUGCGUGUGGACCAGCCGUACAGGAGCCUGAAGGAGCAGCUGGGUUCUCCGGAUCUUAGCGACCACCAGCGCAAGGACUUGGAGAGCGCCCUGAAAGAGCGCGAGGACUUCCUGUUGCCCAUCUACCACCAGGUGGCGGUGCAGUUCGCCGACCUCCACGACACGCCCGGCCGCAUGCAGGAGAAAGGCGUCAUCACGGACAUCCUGGAGUGGCAGACCUCGCGUCAGUUCUUCUACUGGCGUCUGCGGCGGCUGCUGCUGGAGUCCGAGGUCAAGCGGCGGAUCCGCGAGGAGGGCGGCGGCGAGCUGACCGACGGCCAGAUGCAGGCCAUGCUGCGCCGCUGGUUCGUGGAGGCCGAGGGCGCCGUCCAGGCCUACCUGUGGGACAGUAAUAAGGACGUGGUGGAGUGGUUUGAGAAGCAGCAGGCAGCUGCGGAGGAGGAGGGCGGCAAAUCGGUCAUCGAGGAGAACAUCAAGUACAUCCGGCGGGACGGCCUCCUCAAGCAGAUACACAGUCUGGUGGAGGGGAACCCGGAGGUGGCCGUGGACUCCAUCGUGCACCUGGCCCAGCACAUGUCCGCCUCCCAGAGGGCCGAGGUGCUGCGCCUCCUCUCCACCGUCGACGCUCCCGCCGCCACCUCGUAGUGUCCGGUCGCCCCCGGAGCGCCCAGCCCACCCGGAGCGCAGCGCAUUGCACACCAGAAUCAACUGGACCCCACUAAGACCACUGGACCGCUAGCUCACCCAUCAGCAGGCUGUCUUCUGGCGUGACCAACCAUACCUGAGAUGUGCUGCUAACAAAGACCAACACAAUCACGCACUAACACAGAUAGCCAUCUCAGGAACGCCAAAGGACUCUGGAAAAAAAAACUCCCAAGUGCAAUUAUUAAUGCAGUACGAAAAUGCCAAAGAUCAUUACUCGUAAAAGGAAGGGUUUAGAAAAGAUUGUAAUUGAAAGAAACAUAUUUUCCCGUCAUGUUUAAAUGGAAGCACCUUGAAGAAAACAAAAUCCUUGACCAAUGAUGUUACCCGAGCCACAUGGAGGCAUGUUACAAUCUCACUCUUUGUCAGCUUUGGAAAGUUCUAGAUGCGUUUCUCAGAACUUUAAACGGAGAGGAUGAAGAGGAUCGCCUUUCAUUUUGCUUCCCCCCCACCCCUCUCUCUCUGUUAUUGACACUCAGUAGCAAUCUGGACAUCAGUAAGUGCAGUGUAUUGAUUGAGGUUGAGGUGUGUGUGUGUACGUGUGCGUGCGUGUAUGUGUGUGUGUGUGUGUGGAUUGGGAGAUUAAAACGCCCUCAGAAGGAGCGCUUAAUUGAUGAUCAAACGGGGCAGGUGUAAAUAGCUGUUGUGUGCGUCUGGCUGUAGGAACAGGGGUGUGAGGUAUGAGGUGUGUGUGUGUGGGGGGGGGGUUCAAAGCCCUGUAGAGGGACUCGAGAGGCCCCCCCAUUCAGCACCGACCCCUUUCAUACUGACCCCGGGGUCAGCCACGGACACACACACACACAAACACACACACAAGCCGUGUCACACAUGAAAGCACAAAGACACACAAGAACACACUUCUCUGCAAGGACAAUGAGCUGUGAAACCCAAAGCACACUCACACACACACACACACACACACACACACAGACACACAGACACAGACACAGACACACACACACACACACACACACACACACACACACACACACACACACACACACACACACACACACACACACACACACACACACACACACACACACACACACACACACACACAUACUCACUCACUCUUUCUCUCAGGCGAAAUGGGCAGAGUUAAUUGCAGUUGUCAACCAAUAUCUCUCUUAAUAUUUGCACCCAGAACACUACUUACUGAGGGACCUCCCAUGAACAAGGUUCCGUAUGACGGCAGUGUGCUCUAAUGCUGUAUCUCUGUUCAACUCUGUGUUGUUGUCCUAUAAGCUAUAAUAUUUUUGUCCUGUGACGUGUUUUAUUCGAUAAAAGAGGUCUGAAUUCUCUCUGUGACCUGUAUGGUCUUGUAUUUAAUUCUAAUAAAGGAAUCUUGAAUGUGAAA